CAGAACCAUGGCUCAGGGUGGGCGGCCAUCUGCCUCGGCCGGUUGGGGGUGAGGGAAAGAGAGGGCAAGAGAGAGAGGGCGAGAGAAGGACAGAGGGAGCAGAGAGAGGCAGCCAACACAUCAACACGUAGACUAGAUCUUCACGUCAAUUCUAUCAUCCUGCUGCAUCUCAGAAAGCUUGUUUCUUUAUUUUGUUGUUUGUUGUCCCCACAGGAAAACCCAGUCUGGACAAACUCCUUGCUUCGCAGGCUCCAGCGAAAGGUCCAGUGCAUUGUCAUAGUACAGUGAGGCCUUGGGCGUGAACUCCUUUUACUUCUCGAGUUCGAGGCUCGCGUGAAGAUGAGGGCCCUCGUGUUCCUGUGCCUCUUCGUGGCCACGGAGGUGGGAGCCUCCAGGCUGGUCCGCGAUUCCCAGGGGGCGCCCGAACCUCUGGAGCCCCCCAGAAACAACGCCUCGAUCCAGAUCCCCCCCCCUCAGCCGGGCAGGCCGCGGAGCUCCUUCCCUCCCAUGUGCAUAAAGCCCACGGAGAUCAAGCGCGCCUUCAAAUAUGUGAACACCAUCAUUUCCUGCCUGAUCUUUGUGAUAGGGAUCAUCGGCAACUCGACGCUGCUCAGGAUCAUAUACAGGAACAAGUGCAUGAGGAACGGACCCAACGUCUUGAUUGGCAGCCUGGCUCUGGGGGACCUGCUGUACAUCAUCAUUGCCAUCCCCAUCAAUGUGUACAAGCUAAUAGCCGAGGACUGGCCAUUUGGCGUGUAUGUCUGUAAGCUGAUGCCAUUCAUCCAGAAAGCCUCAGUUGGAAUCACAGUCCUCAGCCUGUGUGCCCUCAGCAUUGACCGCUACCACGCAGUGACUUCGUGGAGCCGGGUGAAGGGGAUGGGGAUCCCUUUGUGGAAAGCAGUGGAGGUGACGCUGAUCUGGCUGGUUGCUGUGGUGCUUGCAGUCCCCGAGGCACUGGCGUUUGACAUGAUGGAGAUGCCCUACAGAGGCAACAAGCUGCGGAUCUGCCUCCUGCAUCCAGAACAGGCCACUAGCUUUAUGAAGUUCUACCAGGAGGUCAAGGACUGGUGGCUGUUCGGCUUCUACUUCUGCUUCCCGUUGGCUUGCACGGGGAUCUUUUACACGCUCAUGUCCUGCGAGAUGCUCAGCCGUAAAAAAGGCAUGCGCAUCGCGCUCAACGACCACAUGAAACAGCGGAGGGAAGUGGCCAAGACGGUGUUCUGCCUGGUGCUGAUUUUUGCCUUCUGCUGGCUGCCCCUUCACCUCAGCCGCAUCCUGAAGAAAACGGUCUACGACCAAAAUGACCCCAACCGCUGCGAGCUGCUCAGUUUCCUCUUAGUGAUGGAUUACAUUGGAAUCAACAUGGCCUCUCUAAACUCCUGCAUUAACCCGAUUGCCCUCUACUUCGUCAGCCAGAAGUUUAAAAACUGUUUCCAGUCGUGCCUGUGCUGUUGGUGCUACAGGACGUCCCCUCUGGAUGAGCGGGGCUCGGGGGGCGGAUGGAAGGGCUCUUGCCACGGCAACGGACUAGACCGCUCCAGCUCCCGCUCCAGCCAGAAGUACACCAGCUCUUCAUAAGCCCGCGCGCAGACGUCUGCACGCGUCCGCUGCUCAGCCAAAACUGCCGGAUCCGAGCUCCCACGAACGGAGAAACAGCGAUGCCACUGCCGACAUACCGACGAUCAGACCUGAGUCCUGGGGAUUGAAAUGGAGAAGGGGGGAAGGUCUCUGCUGCAGACCUCACCGCAGACUGAACGGGCACAGAGAUCAACCCAAACCGAUGAACAAAAAUAAAAAGACUGUAGCCGCUCGGCCUGUAAUACUAACACAAAAGCUAUAACGAAACCAAAAGCUUCAUAAAUGCCUUUUGUACUUUGUCACUGAGGCUUGUUUUGUGAGACUUUAAGGCUCUCGGCGCAUCAGAACGUCAAAUGUAUUUUGUAGAGGACGCUGAGCCACUUGUAAAUGUAUGUACAGUGUUAUUUACAUGUAGACUGAAGACAUUUGUUUAUAUUAGCCACAGUGCGACAUGUAUGAAAUCGGCACUGACCACUACCUGUUGAAGCUGGAAUACCUCACGGGCAAAGCCCGAGGGAAACUGUGUGGUCUCUGAGUCCUCAAAGGACUGGCACCUUUGAGACCCGGCACCUCAGAGUUGCCAGUCUUUUGACGAAGCGUCUGAGCUCAGUCCAUGUAGUUCUUACUCAAUGCCCCCGUAUGCAUUGGUAACUUCAUAUCUGAGUAAAAUGGGCUCCACUGUGUACCUCACAGUCAUGCGGAGCGUUGCGCAUCGGGAAUCUUUCAUCACUGCUUUCAAAGUCAUGUGGGGCCGCAUGGUGUUUAAAGAGCAAAAGGAAAACACCAGAUGAUCUCCAUCAUGCAUCGUCUUUAAGGUCCUACAUUCUGUCUGACAAAGUAGCUUCUAUUUUUCCCGGAAAACGGCAGCGAGCACAUGAAGCGCUCGUGUAAGCGUCCCACCCGAGGUGCCCACUUAUCAUUUUCAUUCAUCUCUCCUCCAUCGGACGGAGGCAAUGUCCUAAAGCAUGCUCCUAUUGCUGGAAGUUACUUCUGAAAGCUGCUUCAGGAAUGUUUUUUUUCUCCCUUUUUCCUUUGUUUUUUAAAUGAGCCAUUUAAAGGCGACGAAAUCUGUGUACAGUUGGAUGAUGUGGUUUUAGAUGAGACUUAUUUUUACUGUAUAGUACUCAAGCGGGCGUCACACGUCUGUAUGUAGGAUGUGCAAUGCUUUGGCAUCCUGCUAAAGAUGUGCAUUGUGAACUAACCGAAGGCUUUUCUGGUUGCCCCUGCAGUCGCAAUUCACCCGGGGUGAGCUUGCAUCCUAUGAACCCACAAAGGAUUAAUCAAGUAUAUGGUCUAUGUAAGUUUGGAUGGAUACUCAUAAUAUGUAAGAAUUAGUUUAGAAAAAAAAGGCUCUAUUUAAAUUCUGGAAAUUUGAAGGACCUUGGGAUUAAUCUGUGCAUUUAACAUUGCUAAGAAGAACUUCAGCACCAAUCAAAUCAAAUACAGUUUGAGUUGAGUCUAUAUCUAAUUCAGUCUACUUCAUAUAAUGCCAAUUACUCCCAAUGGAUUGUAUAGAGUCGUGAACAGGAAGGACCCUGAAUCAAGGAGCAGACUCAGGAAGGGUGGUCAUCGGCUUUGACCUUUUUAGUUGUGAGAAAGCUCAUCAUUUAAACAUGCUACGCAACCUUCAUUAAACCUGUAUUUCACCGUGAGAGUGUGUUCCAAGGUUCAGAACAAUGUUGAGUGAAAACAUGUUGAGAGAAUGUGGAGUCCAGGAUGAUUUAAAUGCAUUUAUACAGUACUUAUUUGUUCAGAGUAUUCAUAAUAAAUAUGAUUUUACAGCAUUUGAGUUAUUUACUGACAAAUGCAUGGACGUACGGUCAUUCCCAGUAAUAGCUGCCUGGCAUGCCACACUGCACAUUCAUACAGGACACGCAGAAAUCAGUAUGAUGAGAAAUGGAGAAAGAUUUAACAAAGCACUCAAAAGCACCAAAUUUUCCAGAUGAAUGAAGGAGUAGUGAACUGAGAGACAGCCAGGGAAAAUCAUCGUAUUAUUAACAGCCUGUAAAAAAUAGCAUGAUAAACAUGAUUUAUUUUCUCCUCUUUUUUGUUGAAAGGCUACAUUUGGUUUUCAUCUCAUUUAAUAAACCC